AUGACUACACCAGCCAUGCCCAUAUCCUCCCUUCAACGUGAAGAUGAGGAAAUACACUUCCUACCCCCUUUGAAGAGACCACAUGGACUCCUGAAUCUUCCCGGAGAGGUCCGGAAUAUGAUCUACGGCCACCUCUUCGCCUCGACCGGGCUAUCUUUUGGCAGGCGAUAUCUCCAGAGACGAAAAUGGAGAUGGAUCAAGCCAGCACCACGAUCCCUCGCUAUCCUUCGUACCUGCCGCCAGGUGUACCGUGAGACUGGGAAUCUCUGGAUCGGUCAAAUAACUUUCAGUUUUGAGCAUCCCGAUAGCAUGCUCGAGAAACUCUAUUCUCUACCAUCAGAGUAUGAACUCCCUUUGCCAUUUCAGCUACUCCCAGACCUGCGUCUUGAAACACUUACUGUGCUGGGAUGGGAACUCGAAUUUAUGGAGAACCUACACAAUGUCACUGCAUUCUUUGAAGAUGACAGCCACUGGAAGAAACUUCGCUUCAUUACCCCCUGGACGGGUUCCAAUGACCUCUUUGAAGUUGGCAGCGAUAUAUCUGAUCGAAGUCUUAAAAGCAAGAGCGUGCUCCCUCGAUUUAAAUCCCAGAUCAGCAAAUGGGCCGAGUACUUGCAACAGCGUGGUAUGAAAGUCGAUAUGUAUCACUCUUCAGCGGUGGGCCCCCAGAGACGAUUGAUCUAUGAUCAGCUGUCUGGGAUGCGAGUGAAUCUUUAUGGCAUCACCGAUCCAUCGUCACAGCAAGGGCAUGACAUAGACAAGGUCAUACUUGUCAUAAAGCGCGACGAUAAAGAUCAGUUACUACCAUACGAUUAA